CCCUCGGUGACGUCAGUAGCGCUGUUCAUUGGGUGGUGCUGAACUUCUCCGCCGUCAGUCGCCGCUCCGACGCCGCUCAGGAGGAACCGGGAACCUGCGCUCAGCUCGGCAGAAGGACGGAGCUCCCGAGGCGGAUCUCCACCAGGUCCAGGAAGUCCCAGAUCAGAAGCUUUCAUCAUGGCCGCCGCCCGUCACCUUUGUGACCCCGCCUACGGAGGUUCCACCUGCUGAGCUGAGAGAAACUCACCCGAGUCCAGAGAACUUCCAAACCAUGUAGAGCAGCUUCUCCAGCAGGGGGGAGGGUCUACAGCGUUGUUUCUUACUCCUGUUGGCCAACCUCCAGACGGAUCUCACCUGUGCUCACCUGUGCAGAGAGUGUAUGUGGGAGUGGCCAGAGAGCAGGAAGUGAUGGUGCUCCACAGCGCCCCCUACACCAGUGCCUGCCUGCACUUCCUGGACGGGCUGUCGUGGAUGCUGGUAUUCCCGUGCUACUGGCUGCUGGACCGGCUGCUGGCGUCCUGCGUGGCCACCUCUCUGGAGAAGCGGCGGCGCUCUCAGGACCCCUGCUCCUUCCUGUCGCUCUGCGUCCUCGUUUCAGCGCCGCUCUACCUGCUGCUGCUCCUCGCAUCACUGCCCUUCGCCCUGUUGGGCUUCAUCGUCUGGGCCCCGCUGCAGGCCGUCCGCCAGCCCUACCUGUACACCUACCACAGACCAGACAAGCACCAGGCCGAGCAAGGCCAAGCUGGGCCGGGUGGUGCCGGUACCGGGGAGUGGAGGCCUCAGGGUCGGAGCUUCUGUUUCUGCAGCGCCAACGUCUGCCUGCUGCCCGACUCCCUGGCCCGGUUCAACAACCUAUCCGACACCCACCGGAGAGCCAGGGAGGUGGGCAGGAGGAUCCGCAACGGAGCCAGCCGGCCUCAGAUCAAAAUCUACAUCGACUCGCCCACCAACACCUCCAUCAGCGCUGCAUCCUUCAGCAGUCUCGCCACCGGUUUCCGUCGUACUUCUUCUUUGGACCAGCGUCCGGACCAAACCCCGACCACCAACGGGCCUGCCGACACCGAACCAGAACCGUUCACCGAGUGUCCGACCCACCCCUCCGCUGCUGUUGACUGCCCCGUCCACCCCCCUGCAGCCGACCAAUGCCCCGCCCACCCUGAUACAGCUCCCCCUGCAGGCGACUGUCCGCUGCACCCAAACAGAACCAGCAGCUCCGACUGCCCCGUCCACAGCACCGGGGAGGCCAACUGCCCCAUGCACGCCCCAAGUAACCAUGACUGCGCCGUGCACACCCCAAGUAACCAUGACUGCGCCGUGCACGCCCCCACUAACCAUGACUGCGCCGUGCACGCCCCCAGUAACCAUGACUGUGCCGUGCAUGGGGAUGCAGCAUCGAAGCCCGACUGCCCGCUGCAUGCCUCGGGGGUCCAGAUCAGCAUCAGUGCCCCGGAGCCGGACCCGGAUGAGGAGGAGACGGGGAACCACCGGGAAGCCGGCGGGGGAGACUCCAUGACGGCCUCCCGGGAGUCACUGGCCCGUUACCACGGUGACGGCGGCGUCGGGAUCUCCUCUAACAACACGCUCUCACACGUCCCACGGACCUCCGUCUUCAAGCGUCCGGGACGAAAACGUCGCCACGGAGACGAGACGUUCGACCACGACGUCUCUGCCUUUUUUCCCGCUAACCUGGACUUCCUGGCACUGCAGGAAGUGUUCGACCACGGAGCGACGUCACGGCUGCGCCGGCAGCUGCACCGAUAUUUCCCCUACGUGCUGAGUGACGUCGGACGCUACGGCUGGAAGGGCUGCUGCUCCAGGUUCAAGUUCCUGAACAGCGGCCUGAUGCUGGCCAGCCGGUACCCCAUCCUGGACGCCCGCUACGAGUGCUACCCCAACGGGCGUGGCGAGGACGCGCUGGCAGCCAAGGGGGCGCUGUUCGCCAAGGUCCACGUUGGAACCUCCCACCAGGAGCAGAGGGUUGUGGGAUACCUCACCUGCACACACCUGCAUGCCAUCGAAGGUGACUCGUCGGUCGUGCCAGCAGCUGAUCUUCUCCUUCCAGUGGGUUCUGAUAGUUCCGUCAGAGUUCUUCUCGCUCCAGAAGAAGAGAAGGUUCUGGAGACCUGGUGGGCCUUGACCGUGGUUCUAGGAGACCUGAACUUGACAACGUCCUCAGAGGACAAACUGGAGCAACAACAUUCACUCUUUACUCAGUACAGAGAUCCAUGCCGCCUCGGACCUGGAGAGGAUAAACCCUGGGCUCUGGGAACUCUGCUGGAGCCCAGCGGUCUGUACGAUGACGACGUCACCUCACCUGAGAGUUUGCAGAAGCUGAUGGAGAACGAGGAGGGCAGGAAGGAGUACCUGGUGUUUCCUCCCAGUAAAACUCCGUCCAGCAGUCAGAAGGGCAGAAAGAUUCCUCUGAGGGGCAAUGGUAGGAGGAUCGACUACCUGCUGUAUAGCGAUGAGGGUCUGCAGCCGGACUGGAAGCUGGACAUCGAGGAGUUCAGCUUCGUCACCCAGCUGGCCGGCCUCACCGACCAUCUGUCCGUGGCCAUGAGGUUGGCGGUUUCCACCGGAGAGGACGAGCCGUAGGACCUCCACCGAUGGACCAACACAAAUACUGCCAAGGAGAGAAGAAGACCGGAGAGUUUACAGACGUGGAGCUGCAGAGGAGGACCUGGAUCUUCUGGUGAAACACCUCCAGAAGCCGCGGCGCCCCCCCACUGGCCGCUCUAAUGUCUGUCUGGUUUUCUGAGACUCUUCCUUCAGGACCUUUAAAGGAUGAUUUCAUGAUGAAGACUGGCCACGUCCACCUUCCUGCUCCCACGUCCUCCAGGAACCUCAACAAGUGUCUUUCUUUUCUAAAAACAACAAACCAGUCUUUUAAUGGAGAGAAUCCUUUCUAUGGUGGCCACAUUUUCUAGGAAUCUGAUGCCUGUUUACUACCGUUUGCUUCUAAAAGAGUCUAACGGCGCUGAUGUGAAGCAUGUCUAUCAGUCGGACACUUCCUGCUCACGCUCUGCUGAUGCAUGAUGGGAAACGGAGUCAGUUUACAUUGGAGCAGCAAACACACACCUGCAUGUUCCGCACUAAGGCGUGCACGGCUACACAACAGACACACACCUCAGACUGAUGCGUUUCAUUGACGGUUCAUCCUCUGGCAGCCAUGUUGGAGGAAGUGACAUCAUGUGACCUGGCUGACUGGACGUUGUCAGAUCAAUAAAUGGUUUCAAUCUUUAACAAACCAACAGGAAGCUUCAACCUGGAAGCAGCUCAGCAGGUUUGAUCCAAACAAAAAGUAAAAAAACGUUGUGGGGGAAACAGGAAGUAGUUCAGCCAAAGUCCUUCCUGAUUCGUUUCCCACCUAAACUGAACCACACUGAAAAUCCAAGAAAGCAGUGAGUGGAAAACAGCAAGUGAAAAAUAACAGCAUGUGGAAAAUGAUGAGUGAGAAACGGUGAAAGAAAAACAGCGAGCUAAAAACAGUGAGUGGAAAACAGCAGAGAUGAAAACUAGAGAGGGAAAAACAGCAAAGAAAAAAGGAUGCGCUGAAAAUGAUAAGUGAGAUUUUUUUAUUUAACCUUUAUUUAACCAGGUAAAAAAAACCCAUUGAGAUCAAGAUCUCUUUCACAAGAUGUGGCAGGAGAUGAACGGUGAAGGAAAAGCAGCAAGUGGGGGUGAGAAUAUGUGGAUAAAAAGCGAGAGGAAAACGAUGAGUGAAAAACAAGCUGUUUCCACUGUUUAAGAAGGAAAAAUCUUCUUCACCUGACCACAGCCUGACAUGGUACGAUGUUAUUUUAAAACUGUUUCUGUAGAAGAGAAGGUUCUGCUUCAGAGAGUUUUUAAUUUAGUCCCAUCAGAGCAACAUAUAAAUGAGAAGAACAAACAAGUUUCUGGAGGAAACAGCUGAACAAUGAGUAUAAAAGAGUGAAUAAUACAAAUAUAUAAAUAAAAAUAUAACCAGGAGGAGAAAACAGUGACUGAAAAAUAAACAAUAAACAUCAAAACUGAAUGAAAACUGAGAACAAAAUGCAGUGACAAACUGAAAGUCAGUGAGACUCAAACUCAAGUCGCUGAUUUUUGUUGUUUGUUUUUUUUGCAGCUGAUUUAAAUCAACCAAACCGAUCGUCAACAGAAAAUAAAACUGAAGUUAAAUACUCAUGUUUUAAACCCUAAAAUAAUAUUUUUAAUAAUAAUUAUUCCUUUCCUGAGAGGAUCAAACCUGCUGAGCUGCUACAGGUGAAGGAGCUUCUACCUGAACAUCUGGAUGGACUGAAGAUGUUGUUAGCAUCAAACAGCUGCAGCUAGCAGCCGUCUGAUUGGUCCCUCUGGUCUGGAGGUGUCUGAUUGGCCCGUUUGGUCCGGAGGCGUCUGAUUGGUCAGUGACAGGACGAAUCACAGCCAUAUUGAGAACUGUACAACCUCACAACGCCGUUAAACAUCUGCAGACGCCACGAAACCCCAACAUGGACCCACACCUGUCCCAAAGAUGAACACAGGAAGCAGAAACCUGAAGACAGGAAGUGGAGAAAAACUACAAAACUACAAGACUUAAGGUGUGUUCAGACUGAAGCAGCUUCAGAGCAGAAACUCCUCAAAACAUUCAGUAAAUAUUCGAUUAACUCAUGACAAAACGCGGCUUCCAAAGAAAACAAAGUUAAAAAAUGAAUGAAGAAGAUUAAAUAUUCAACAAUUAGAUGGAACGUCAGGAUUUAAACCUCAGAUUAUUUUUGCUAAAGGACUGAAAACAUAAGAGUUUGAGGCUGAUUAAAGCUAAAGUUGGGUGUUUUGUAAAGAAUCUGCCCUAACCUUUUAGUUCUGGCCUCCAGAGGGUUAAAGUUGUUUUAUUCCAGGAGACAAACUGAGUUCCUAAAGUUCUAAACCAGUCUGAGGACCUGCUGCUUCUACAUCUUUAAUGAGGAAAUGUUAAAGUCCAGCUGAAGUCCGUCUGAACGCACCUUCAGAUUUCUGUCUGAGAUGAAACCUUUGGAACCUUACUGAUCCUGAACCUGCAGACCAUGAAGUACAACAGAACUGGAACCAUCCAGAUAGAGAACCUGCAGGUUAAAACCAGAAGAUCCUUCGUUUGUUCAGCUGAAAGAUUAACAAGGAGAAACAAGAAGGCAGAGUUUAAUGUUGAUGAAGUAGAAAUCAAGUAGGUGGUUCCUACUGAUGAUUAUACCAACUUUUUUUAGUAGGAGGAACCAUUGGGGCUUCUCUGGUAGGUUCUUGAAAAGCAAAGUUGGUAUAAUCAUAGGAGCUACAAUUCCACAGAUGUUUCUUUCGUAGGAUUUCAGAAGGAACCAUCUGGACUUGAAGGUUCUUGAAGCUCCUACAAAUUGAGAUUUCGUUUUUUUUUUCUGGUUGAACAAUAAUUAUUUCUAGUUAAUGAGCCCAUUACCUUUUUACCUGACAACCUUUAUCUUCUAAUUUGAAGGUUUGAGAUGUUUUUAUGGUAUUUAAUCUGGUUCUAAAUCCACUCUGACCACAGAAAGCGUCCAUGAACCCUUUAAAGACGUCUAGCUGACUUAAAGUCAUAAAGUCGUGUUUGAUCUAAACUGUUAGAACUUCGUUAGUUUCUAGGUUGUGUCUGUUGGUCAGUAGUGAGAACCUCCUCUCCACUGCGUUGUUUUACUGCAACAUCACACAGUAAAACUUAAAUUUAGGUAUGCUAGCAUGCUAACAUGCUAGCUCCAGAUAGUUUGUUCUCAUUAGAGGUUCUGCAGGAACGUCGGAGGUUCAGGUUCUGUUUGUUUUCAUGGUCUGGUCGAUGUUUACAACAGUUUCUAGUCACUGAGAGGAGAUUUGUGUGUGUGUGUGUGUGUGUGUGUGUGUGUGUGUGUGUGUGUGUGUGUGUGUGUGUGUGUGUGUGUGUGUGUGUUUUAAUUUAUCAGUACAAAUGUGCCAGCUGGUGUUUUCUCCACAACAACACAGUGAUGAUUCUCAAACAGAGCAGGUCAUUCCAUCGAAAACCAACCAGAACCAUCUGGUUCUCCAUCUGCAGGAACUUUGUCAAUGAUCAGAGUUCUACCUUCAUGCUGUGAAUAUUUACAGAGUUCCAGGUCCUUGAAGUCCAUAGAGGAGAACAUCCCCUGGAGAAAGUUCUAGAGUAGACCUACCGACAACUGGAGAAAGUUCUAGAGUAGGUCUGCUCUAGAACUUUCUCCAGUUGUCGGUAGGUCUGCUCUAGAACUUUCUCCAGUUGUCGGUAGGUCUGCUCUAGAACUUUCUCCAGUUGUCGGUAGGUCUACUCUAGAACUUUCUCCAGCUGUCGGUAGGUCUACUCUACAACUUUCUCCAGUUGUCGGUAGGUCUACUCUAGAACUUUCUCCAGUUGUCGGUAGGUCUACUCUACAACUUUCUCCAGUUGUCGGUAGGUCUACUCUAGAACUUUCUCCAGCUGUCGGUAGGUCUACUCUACAACUUUCUCCAGUUGUCGGUAGGUCUACUCUAGAACUUUCUCCAGUUGUCGGUAGGUCUACUCUACAACUUUCUCCAGUUGUCGGUAGGUCUACUCUAGAACUAUCUCCAGGGGACGUUCUCCUUUCCUGCUUCCAGUCUUUAAGUUUAGUCUCACUUAGAACAUUCCAGGUCCUUGAAGUCCACAGAGGAGGAUCCAGAUUUCUCACUUUUUAAUGGACUUUUUCAGAACUUCAUCAGUCCAGCAGAUAGAACCAUGACAUUUAGGAGGAGAAACAUCUGAGUUCUGAUAAAAACUGACACCAGAUCAGUUUUACAUCCAUCCAUUUGUCUCAGUCUGAAGAUAAUCCAGAUUUAAUGAAUUCUGGACAAUUUUUGCAUCAUUUUGGACAAAAUUUCAUGUCCUUUAGAACAUUUUUGGAAUGAUUUGGGGAAAUCCUGAGUCACUUUCUGGACAAAUUUUAAUCACUUUAGGACAAUUUCGUGUAAUUUUUCACACACAUAAUGAUGCUGCCGCCGCCGUGCUUUACAGUGGAGAUGUUGUGUUUCAUCCUGUGCUGAUGAAGUUAUGAGGCUCAGAAAUUAAAUAUUUACAGUAUGAAGGUAAAACUCUGCUUGGACUCAUUAAAGAUGUGUUUCUGUUUCUGGUAAUCCACCAGAGAGAACUUUAAAAGGUCGUUCUGUGUGAACUUUAAUGUUGGGAGGAGGUUGGUCUGAACUAUUGGAGAAACCAGGAUCAGCUGCUUGCAUUGAUUCCUGAUGAGGUUGAUUGAUUUUCCAUGGAAUGACCCAUCAGCUGUUGGUCAUGUAUGUUCAUUUCCACAUACCUGGCUGCUCUGACACUCUCUCAUGUUAUUAUGAUUAUUAUGACUAAUAUAUUCUUCUUCUUACUAAUGUUUCUAUCUGUGCUUCGCCAUGUCUUUUUAUUAUUAUUAUUAUGAAUAUUUUGAUGUUUUUUAUAUAUUCGCUGAUCAUCACUGGUCUGAUCAGGGGAACCAUCCAGUCUGAGAUGUUCAUCCAGAUACACUAGAAAUCAGUGAAACAUGAGUGAGGUGAGACAUUAGAACAUGCAUUUAUCCCCAAAGACAAGCAGGACGUUUACUUACCGUGCCUGGAUUUUAUGUUUUCCUUCAUUAACAAAUCAACACAUUUACAGCAGAAAUCGAUGCAUAAAGAUCAUCAAGAUGAAGGAAAAAGUUUGAUGCUUAAAGUUUCCUCUGGUGUUCACAUUAAAUCUAUGAAGUUCUGCUUCUGAGGAAACCCAACAGAAGCAUUCAGAGCUUCAGAGCCCAUUCUGAUCAAUUUUCAGACUAGAUUUCUGUAGAUCUGCAGUCUGGAUUCAACACCUGGAUAAAUCUGAGGACCAUCCAUCAGCCAGAAUCAGCUGAUCUUAAACCCAGAAGUAGAUCUUCACCUUCACCUCACAAACCUGAACACCAGAACCAGAACCAAGAGUGGGCCACAAAUUAGACCUGACUUCUAACUGAUUCAGAGCUGGAAUGAACAGAAAGAUAAUCAUUAGCUGAUAAAUUAAUGAACUACUUUGAUCAAUCAGUUCACUUUUUUAUUCUUCAAAGUCUAAAUUUUCUGCUUUCAGGUUCUUAAAUGUGAUUUUUUUCCUGUUUUUUUCCUCUGUGACAGGAAACUGAAAAUCUUUGGAGGAAGCUAAACUUCUGAGGAAACAUUUUUUCUGACAUUUUAGAGACCAAACAGAAGAUCGAUUCCACCGAUAGAUGAUCAAUAGAUUAAGUGAGGAUUAAAGUUUCUAUAAAAAGUGACGAGCGUCAGUCCAUCCUGCAGAUGAUAGAUUAUAGAUUACGGGUUCUAGAUGCUGAGAUGUUGUGGUUCUGGUACCAGUCGCUGCCUCUCCGUGUCCAGAUCAGAACCAGUGUUGGGUUCAGCGUUCUGUCAGCAUGUGGUAUAUUAAAGCUUCAGGCCGGUAGUUUUAUAGCAGCUUCUCUGCUUCCUCUCUGCUUUGAUUUUCUAUCAGUUCAUGUUUUUUUAUGAAAUCUGUCAACAGUUUUUCUGCUGAUUUUCUUCUGCUUUUCUAAAGAACUUUCCCUCUCA